AUGCACUACAUCUCCCGUCGUUCGCACUGCCCACCGCAGUGAGGGGGAGAGCUGUCAAGCAAGCUGUCUCCAUUUUGUCUGCAGAAGCAAGAUGGCUGAAAAGGCAGAAGAAAAAGUGAAGACGGUAGUUUUACUGGUGCCUUUAAUUCCUGUACUCUAGUUUUUAUUCUUCAAGAUAUCUAAAUGGCAAGUGCUGUAGCGAAGUGUGAAAAUGGAUAUCAAAACUGCGGUUUAUAACGCUGCCAAGGACGGGAAGUUGAAACUUAUGCAGAAGUUUCUAAGCAACAAAAGUCAAGAGGAGGUUGAGGCAUUGACUGAGGAAAAAACUGAUGGAGGCACUCCGUUGCUGAUUGCUUCCAGGUAUGGACAUAUAGGAGUGGUGGAGUACCUUUUGGAACACUGUAAAGUAAGUGUGGAAUUAGGGGGUUCUGUGAACUUUGAUGGAGAAACUAUUGAAGGCGCCCCUCCACUUUGGGCUGCUUCAGCUGCCGGGCACUUGGAUGUAGUUUGCAGUUUGCUGAAAUAUGGGGCAUCUGUCAACAGUACCACACUUACUAAUUCUACACCGCUUCGGGCAGCUUGUUUCGAUGGCCACUUAGAAAUUGUCAAGUAUCUAAUUGAGCAUAACGCGGACAUUGAGGUUGCCAACAGGCACGGACAUACAUGUCUCAUGAUUGCUUGUUACAAGGGUCAUACUGAUAUCGCUAGAUACCUUUUAGAAAAAGGAGCAGAUGUAAAUAGAAAAAGUGUAAAGGGAAAUACAGCAUUGCAUGAUUGUGCAGAAUCGGGCAGUUUGGAGAUUCUGAAGAUGUUGUUAAAAUGCAGUGCUAAAAUGGAAAAGGAUGGUUAUGGAAUGACCCCUUUGUUGGCAGCUAGCGUUACAGGCCAUACGAAUAUAGUGGAGUAUCUUAUACACCAGCCCGGGACUUCCAAGGAAGCCAGUAUUGAGGCUUUGGAGUUACUGGGUGCUACUUUUGUGGACAAAAAGAGAGAUUUGUUGGGCGCUAUGAAAUACUGGAAGAGAGCCAUGGAAAUUAGACACAGUGACAGGAGUAAUGUUAUUCGGAAGCCAGAUCCUGGACAUUUGGUAUUAGCAUAUGAUUUUUCCAGGGAAGUUACAACUUCUGAGGAAUUAGAAGCUUUGAUUACUGAUCCAGAUGAGGUAAGAAUGCAAGCACUUUUGAUCCGAGAAAGAGUCCUUGGCCCCUCCCAUCCUGACACCUCUUACUAUAUUCGUUAUCGAGGUGCUGUGUAUGCGGAUUCUGGGAACUUUGAAAGGUGCAUCCAUCUAUGGAAGUAUGCCUUGGAUAUGCAACAAAAUAAUUUGGACCCAUUGAGCCCUAUGACAGCAAGCAGCUUUCUGUCAUUUGCAGAGCUUUUUUCUUACGUUCUCCAAGAUCGUACCAAGGGCACCCUGGCUACAAAAGUGACUUGUAGCGAUCUUAUUGGAAUUCUAUGCAAAAGUGUCCGGGAAGUUGAAAGAGCCAUGGGCCAGAGGGAGAAUAUUCCAGAAGUAGGACAAUUCACAAAAGCCCUCUCAAUAAUCUUGCAUUUGAUUUUCCUGUUGGAAAAAAUUGAAUGCAGCUCUGAGGAGGAGUACUACAAAAAGCAAACCAUAUACAGGUUAUUGAAACUGAACCCCAGGGGACGAAAUGGUUAUACUCCUUUACACAUGGCUGUUGACAAAGAUACCACCACUGUGGGGCGCUAUCCUGUAGGAAAAUUUCCAUCUCUGCAUGUUGUAAACAUUUUGCUGGAGUGCGGUGCUGAUGUGGACUCGAGGGAUUAUGAGAAUAAUACACCCCUCCACAUAGCUGCUCAGAAUAACUGCCCACUAAUUAUGACCACACUUGUUACUGCAGGUGCACACUUUGAUGCCACCAAUUCUUUCAAGAAGACAGCCUAUGACUUGGUAGAUGAAAAGACAAUUACUAAAAACAUGAUGCACCCAUUUAACUAUAUCACUCUUCAGUGCCUUGCUGCUCAAGCUGUUGACAAGCACAAAGUACUAUAUAAAGGACUGAUCCCAGAAGAGCUGGAGGCUUUCAUUGAACUUCAUUGAGAUGUCUAGGUUAUUUUGCUUUAUUCUAACUAGGAUGUAGCAUUCUGCGAGUUUUAAAUAUGCAGUAUGAACAAAAAAAAUCUUAUUACAGUAAGAGUAAUAUAUAGCUGCUCAUGACAGGAAAGCUGUUUCAGUAUGCCUCUGGAUGAUCAGCGACUGGCAUUUUGGCUUGGAGGUUAGACAUGAGCUGUGUACACUUGCCUUUGGUUUGAUUCCCACAACCUCUAUUUAUAUACUGUGACUAUUCAAUCAGUUGUCUAAUGCUCAUGAGUCAUACCUGAAAAUGAGCAGAAAGUCCUUAAAGGGUGUUAACCUGAUACUGCAUACUUAUAAAGUAAGAGCACAACCAUUUGAAAACAGGAAGGCAAGAAAAAGUUGUUAAAAUUGUUUUGAUUAAAAUACAUACUUACCAGAA